GAGCUCGAGAGCCUCCUGCGCAGCCUCGCCCGCGGCAGCGCCGCCCUUCCGACCCCGCGGCAGCUCGACGCCUUCCGGCGCGCCCUCGCGGGGCGGCUGCUGUGGGUGGUGCAGGCGCGCCGGCUUGCCGCGGAGGCGGACGGCGGCGCGCAGCUGCUGCGGGAGGCGUACGAGCGGCAGCUCCUGGUGGACCCGGAGAACCUGACCGUGGCGGAUGGGACGUGGGUACAGGCGGCGUGGUUCGGGGGUGGCCAGGUCAGCCAGGAGGACGUGAGGGCCGCGCAGGCCAUGCUGCGCGCGGUGUCGGUAAUCGUCUUCGACGGCAGGACCACCUCGGUGUCCGUGGACCCAGCCACCGCCAGUGUGCACCAGGUCAUGGACAUCGCUGCCCAGCAGGUGGGAACCGCGUUUGACCCUGCAAGGCACGCGGUGUUCGCGGUCGGCGUCGAGCCUUCCGGCCCCCAGCUGACCACGGGGCACUUCGUGAGAAUCACUGGCCUGGUGGAGGGCGAGGAUCUCAACGGCCAGGUCGGCCAGAUCCUCUGCCAGGACGACGACGUGUACACGGUCGCUCUCCCCAGCGGCGCGCGCAACAUCCACCGAGACAAUGUGGUGCACCACAGCGCGCAGGUGGUGCACCGCAGCCGGGGCACGCGGGCCGCCCCGGCCGCGGCGCUCGCCGCGCUCGGCCCCGGGCCCCUCCCGCUCCGCCUCCUCUGGCUCGAGGCCCGCCCGCCGCGCGCGGCUCCGGCGGCGGCCCCGGCCUCGGGGCCGCUGGCGCCCGUGAGGCAGCAGCUGCUCGGCAUGGACGUGGACGGGGAUGGGCUCGUGUCCGCGGGCGAGCUGCGCAGCCACCUGUGGAGAAUUUGCACCUUGAUGACGAGCGGUUCGCGACCGUUUGGGGGCACUUCCGUUCGGAGCAGGAAGGGGCCUGCGCGAACUACGCCGACGCGGAUGCCGUUAUGUACCUGCUCGGCCGCCCGCACCUUCGCUCGAGGCACGUCACAGUGGACGCUCUCAUCUACGAGGCGGUCGUGUCCAUCCUGGGGCGAAGGACCACGGCCCACAUCGACAUAG